GAAGAGAGACAAUGAUGUGUUUUAACAGGUAAAUACUUCUGCCCCUGGACAGACGACACAGAAUUUGAAUCAAGGAUUGCAUACUGUGAGUGGGGUUCCUGCCAUGAGUGUCAAUGGCCCCCAUAUGCUAGCAACCUUCACGCCAGAAGAUACCCUACAGCAAAUGGAUGAACUGAUUAAAGAGAACAAUGAGUUAAAAGAAGCAAUCAAGCAAACAAAUCAUGCAAUGAAGGAACGUUAUGAAGAGCUUGCAACUUGGAGGGAAAAGCAGAGGGAAGAAAGGGACUAUAUUCAGAACAAGUUUGAAGAGGCCAAAACCCGAUUAACAGACCUUACUACAGAGAAUGAAAUCUUGAAGAGCAAAAUACAAGAAUUGAGUGCUGAUACUACGCAGGAAGUACCCAAAGGUGCAAUCUCUAAUCUGAUGGAACAAGAUAUUCAACAACUGAAAGCGCUUGUUAGCAGGCUGCAGACAGAAAAGGCUGAUUUGGUUGCCAUGAAUUCAGAGCUUCUGCUGAAAUUGGGUGCCCCAUCAUCUGAUGAUUCAUUUGUUGAAAUUCGAAUGGAGGCUGCAGAUGAUGGUGAACUGAAAGCAGCAAAGGAAAUGCAAUGCAAGAGUGCCGACAGCCAAACAGUCUACACGUCAAACGUACAUGAUAGUACUGGAAAACGCCUGCUGUCAGAAGAGUUAACAGUCAGCCAACUCCUUCAUGUGCUGAGGGACAAGACUCUGAAUUUGGAAAAGCUCGAACAUGAGCUUCAAUCUUCAAAGCAAAGGAUUUCAGAGUUGGAGAAAGUGUGUGAAACAGCUGAGCUUGCAAGACAGACUGAGAAAAAUGUAGCAGAGCAGCUUUCGUCUGUUACCAAACAGGAAUUGGCACCUGGGACAAUGCUGAUUGAUGUCAGUAUAGAGCAACAGAAUACUGAAACAACAGCUGCUCCAGUAGAAGGUUUGAAUAAUCCGAACAACCAAUCUUCAAAUGAAGUUGAAGCAUUGAAGUCACAAGUGAUGUCAUUAUUAAAAGAUUUGCAGGAAGCCCAGAAAAAGCUGGAUGAAGCUGAACUUAUGAAGAAAUCUCUUAAUGAGAGAUGUCUUGAUUUGGAACAACAGGUGGCAAACAGCCAGGUGACAGUGGAGGAGACAAGGCAGCUUGGAUUUUACAAUGAAAAGUUGAAGCUGCAAGUGGAAAGCUUACAAUCAGAACAUCAAAUUGACCAGAUGAAAUUAGCAGAUGAAAAGAUAAAAUUAGCAGAGGAAAAAAGAAAACUUAUGCAGAUCCAAGAGGCCUAUGAUCAUUUAUUUCAAGAUUACAACAACCUUAAGAAGUCUAAUGAAGAAGUGAAAGUUAAAGAGGUAUGUUCAUUAUUUGGGAAA